AACGGCGGGCGAGGGAGGCGGAGGCGAGCUGGGCAGAGCGGAGCCGAGCAAGGAGAGGAUGGCAGGCAGCCCCAGAGGCGGCUGACGGGAAGGGAGAAGGGAGACCCAGAGAGGAAGAAAGAAACGAGGAGCGGAGGGAACCAUGGCGCUGCCCAAGCCGCCGCCUUCCGCCGCAGCUGCCGCCUCGGAUCUCCUGCCUGCGGUCGGCGACAAACGCCUCAUGCUGGGUUGCGACGUAAAAGAGGAAAGCGCGAAUCCCCCGUCGACGGAGGCGAUGGGCUCCCAGCCGCCGGAAGAGGGGAUGGCAGCUGAGAAGGAGGAGGAGGAGGAGGAAGAAGAAGGGAAACUCGGAGUGGGAGAAGGCGAGGAACUGGCUCCUCACCUGCCUGAAUCGAGGUCGGCUUCUGGGGGAGUGGAAAGAGGACACAAAAAUGAUAUUUCUCCUUUCAGCAAUUUCAUUUCAACUAUCAGCCAAAAGAAAGAAGAUUCUGAACAAUUAGUUAUUACUGAUAUAAAAAAUGCAAAAGAAAAGUCCCUUGGCCUUGGUGUUAGGCAAAAACACCGUACCUCAGUGGAUAUAAUUCCGGUAGAAAUGAAAGUUUCAAUCCCACUGGAACCGUCCUGUCUCACCCAAACAAAAACUAUGAAAGAAUUUUGGGAUGACAUAGAAAAAGCUAAGUUAACAGGAGAUUGGAAAGAAAUCUAUGACUUUUAUUCAAAAACAUUUGAUUCUUUUCCAGAAGUUAACACUGCAUUUAAGAAAUACAAUGAAACUCCUCUUAAUUCCAUUGAAGAGUGUGGAAUUGAUGCUAAAUUUGUAAAUACAGUAUAUGAUACCUUAUUUCAAGCUCCUCAAGAUAUCCAGAAGUGUGUCCUAAAAGGAAUAAUUAACGGUUUAUUGCAUGAAUGGAAAGGGCCACAAACAAAAGAUGAUCUCAGAGCAUAUUUUGUACUUCUACAGAAUCCUCUGUUUAGUAACACAACAACAUAUGUUAUUUUUGCUCACUUGCUAAGACAGAUUGCUGCCUUAACUGAAGAUGAUCAUCACUACCUAAUUCACUGGUUUAAGAAGAUGUCACAGAAGCGAAUCAAGCAAAUUAUAGAGCGAAUCCUACAGUUUAUUUCUUUGCGUCUGUUUCCGGCAAAACCUGAAGAUUUGCCUCCUAUGGAGAAAUGUACCUGGUGGAUUCCAUCAGCAACCAAAGUUUUGUCUUUAUUUAAUGCUUCGAAUAGUCCAGCUAAUCCUUCUUUUAUUCCAUAUACGGAUUUUUAUAAUUCUACACUAGAUCAUAUUGAUCUCAUGGAAGAUUAUCAUAACUGGCAGUGUUAUGGAAAUUCUCAUAGGUUUUCCUUCUGUCAAUAUCCGUUCAUUAUUUCUAUAGCAGCAAAAAAAGCUAUAAUUCAAAAGGAUUCAGAACAACAAAUGAUAAAUAUUGCACGGCAAAGCCUUGUGGAUAAAGUAUCUCGGAGGCAGAGACCUGAUAUGAAUAUGUUAUUCCUAAAUGUGAAAGUAAGAAGAAUGCACCUAGUUAGUGAUUCGUUGGAAGAGCUCACAAGGAAGCGAGCAGAUUUAAAAAAGAAAUUAAAAGUUACAUUUGUAGGAGAAGCUGGUCUUGACAUGGGUGGCCUAACAAAAGAAUGGUUUCUUCUUCUAAUUAGGCAAAUUUUUCAGCCAGACUAUGGCAUGUUUACAUAUCACAAAGAUUCUCACUGUCAUUGGUUUAGUAGUUUGAACUGUGAUAAUUACUCUGAAUUCCGAUUGGUUGGAGCUCUUAUGGGGCUAGCUGUCUAUAACAGUAUCACGCUGGAUAUUCGAUUUCCGUUGUGCUGCUAUAAAAAAUUACUUAGUCCUCCCAUUGUACCAUAUGACCUGAAUACACCUGUCGGAAUUGGUAAUGUUACUAUUGAUGACCUGUGUCAAGUUAUGCCGGAGUUAGCACAUGGAUUAAAUGAGCUGCUAUCCUACGAAGGGAAUGUUGAAGAAGACUUUUAUUCAACCUUCCAGGUUUUUCAAGAGGAAUUUGGUGUCAUAAAGUGUUAUGACUUAAAGCCUGGUGGUGAUAAAAUACCAGUUACCAAUGAAAAUAGAAAAGAGUAUGUGCAGCUUUAUGUAGACUUUCUUCUCAAUAAAUCAAUCUACAAACAGUUUGCUGCAUUUUAUUAUGGAUUUCACAGUGUCUGUGCUUCCUAUGCAUUGAUGCUGCUUCGUCCUGAAGAAGUUGAAAUUCUGGUCUGUGGAAGUCCUGAGUUGGAUAUGCAUGCUCUCCAGAAACACACACAGUAUGAUGGCUAUCAGAAAACUGAUCUUACUAUCCGGAAUUUCUGGGAAGUAGUACUCGAAUUUCCUCUUGAUCUCCAAAAAAAGCUCCUACAUUUUACUACAGGAAGUGACAGAAUACCUGUAGGAGGAACGGCAGACCUUAAUUUUAAAAUUUCAAAGAGUGAAGCAUCCACAAACUGGUUACCUAUUGCCCAUACUUGCUUCAACCAACUCUGCCUGCCUCCAUACAAGACCAAAAAGGAAUUGAAGCAAAAAUUGACAAUUGGAAUUUCAAAUGCAGAAGGCUUUGGUUUAGAAUAAGACAACUUUUAAAAACCAUAGCGGAUGUAGCACCUGCUUUUUACUGUGCCUUUAAAGCUUAUGUUUCAAUCUCUCAAUACUGUGACAGUCUUACUUAGAACUGUGUGAACUGUUGUUGUUUUUUAAGGAGUGCAUUCUUUUUUCUGUAUGGAAAUAUGUUUAGUCUUUCUUAUAGAAAUUUUGUAUAAAAGUCUUAAUCUUUGCAAUAUUUGAUACAAACCUGUCAGAACUAUCAAAUAUAUGAUGCUAUACAGCAGUGGUGGCGAACCUAUGGCACAUGUGCCAGAGGCGGCAUUUAGAGCCCUCUCUGUGGGCACGCACGCCGUCACCCCAGCAGAGUUCACCAGAGUAGCGAGCAUGAGGCGUUUGGAAGCGACAGGGCAGGAAGUGAGUGAGCAAGCAGCGUUGGCCCCCUGGUCCUCGUCACCCUGGUCCCAGCCCACCCACCCCACCCACGCCCACCAGUGACCACCGAAGCUGUGAGCACCGCAGCCAUGCCCACCAGUGAGCCAUGUCCCCCUGAGAGCACCACAAUGCUGACGCAGCCCUGGCACUUGGCAAUAAAUAAGUGGAUUUUGGGUUGCCGUUUGGGCACUCGGUCUCUAAAAGGUUCGCCAACACUUCUAUACAGUCAUCUAAUCUAAAAGAGGCAACCAUCAAGAAUUAAUCUCUAUCACCUCAAAUUGUUUGCACUACAGGGAUGAGGUUCAGAAUAAAUUAUUAUUGAUCACAAUUGUUAUAGCUCAUUGACAGUAUAUUCCACUGGGAAGUGCAAUAUAGAAAUUGUAUUCUUCAUAAUCAGUUAAGCCUAUUUUCAAUUAAUAACAAACUGUAAUUGUUAUUUAUCUGGGACAAAUUGAAACAAAUAUUGUUUUAAAGAUAGAUUAAAUAUUAUUUUGGUUUUCCUUUUCAGAAUAAAUUAUUAAUUUAAGAUUAUGUAAAUAAUUGCCCAUGGGCCAAUAUGUUUUUGAUAAUACCAUUUACAGAUAAAGAUUUAUUUUUACAGGGUUUCCAGUGUUAAAUAUUCAAGAUUUUUACAACUGAACAGAAUUGAUUGUAUAAGAAUACAAAGGCUGCUAUCUUACUAUCUUAAAUUUAUCUAGAUUUAAUGGACCAAUUGUAAGUUUUAAAUUGCAUGUAUAUGAUACAGAUUGGUAGAUUUGGCUAUUAUGUGUUUGUAACUCCAAUUUAAACAGGAAGAUUGAAUGUUUAAUAAUAAUAAAUUUGGAUUUGUUACUUGAUUAAAAACAAGUCACUUUGGCACAAUGAGAAAGUAGUUUUAAUAUUAAGUUAUGCAUCAUCACAUUACUAACACCAUAUUGUCUUUUAUAGUAGGUUUAAAAUAAACUAAGCACCUUUUUGUAUAAAAAUGAAUGUAAUCAAACUA